AUAAAUUAGAAAAUGACUCAAAAUUUUAAAUUUACAGUGAUAUUUAAAGUUUGUUAUUAUAGGAUUAUAUCAUAAAUGAAUUUUAGUUCUUGACUGCAAAAUUUUGAACAAUUGUCUAAUUUCAUUUUAGUUAUUUAUUUUUGGAUGUUUUCUUUGAAUGCAUGUUUUCUUUGAACUCUGAAACUUAUCCUCUCAAGUCUUUGUUGCAAAUUCUGGGCAGUUUCUUCUUUAUUCAGUUUAUUAUUUUUUUUUUCUUCCUGUUUUUUGCUGUGGGGAAAGUUCCGGACAACUUCCACUUCUCUACUCUUAUAAAUAUACACUUAUCUCUGUUUUGUUCAUUCAUUCUGCAACUAAUUGCUUAUUGUUGAGUUUCCUUUUGCUUUUCUCUCUAUAGAUUCAGAUUCAGAUACCCAAUUUCAACUCUUCAUCAUGCUCCAAACAAAUACCAACCGCGGUGGCAAUGACGCCGGAGUCUCUGUUCAAGCCAGCAUAGUCACCACCACCACCACCACCACCACCACUUCUUCAACUAAUAAUAGAUACAAAAGGCUUUGGAAACGCACUAUAAUUGUAGGCCUUUUUGUUGGUGUCAAGAAGAAGUCAUCAUCACCGUCACCACGACCACCACCGCCAACAACUACCUUCGUUGAAGAACUCUGCCGGACCGUUUCUUCUCACUCUUCGUCCUUGGAAAUCGUGAUUAACAUUCACGAGCAGGAGGACGAAGAAAAGGAAGAGGAAAGGCCCGGCACUGUUGUCAAUGAGGUAGUAAUAGAUCAAAGGCAACAUCAUCUUCGGGAUAAGGUUAAUCGGUUUGUUGAAGACAGAGACUUGAAGUCUCUAGCAGACUUUGGCGGUGUUGAACAAGUAGCAACCCUGUUUAAUUCUAACUUGAAUACCGGACUUUGUGUUGCUGCUGAUGCUGCUAAUGAUCUACAAACUUGGAACACAACAACAGCAAACCACCCACUUCAUGGUUUCAUGCACUACUUCAAGGCAGCCUGCAACAGUUACACCAUCUUCCUUCUCUUGAUCUCGGCUGCGCUCACUUUUGGUACCGAGAUAUUGAUGCAAGGCACCAAGUACGGGUGGGAACAUGGUGCAACCAUACUCGUCGCUAUAUUUUUGCUUGUCACAGUCGCUCCCAUGGCUGAGUUUCAUAGAGCAAAGAUUGAACACAAGGAGAUGCAAAAGAAAGAGUACAAAGUCAGAGUCAUAAGAAAUGGGGAGCCCCGAAUCGUUGGGGUGUCGAGUAUAAUGUUAGGUGAUAUAGUCGAUUUGAAAGAGGGAGAUCGGGUUCCAGCUGAUGGUUUGUUUGUUGGUGACGAUAGGUUGGUGUUGGAUGAAGUAUCAUCAGCAGCCUCCGACAUCAAUUCUCAUCACAACCCUUUUCUUCUAUAUGGUUUUAAGGUUUGUAAAGGGAGUGGUCGCAUGAUUGUGACAUCUGUUGGCACAAACACAGUGAUAGGAAAGUUGAUGAACAUGGUGAUGGAUGAUCCAAACAAUGGAACUACUCUUUUGCAGACUCGAAUGGAAAGGUCAAUCAAUUAUGUAGAUAAGAUUGCACUGUGUAUCUCUAUUCUCAUCACUCUUGUGUUGUUCAUACGGUUCUUGCGUAGGAACCAUGUCGACAGUAUAGAUCUCCCAGAACUAAAAGGGAACUUCACUGUUGAGAAGCUGAUGGAAAUGUUUGACAGAAUUCUUUUGAGGCGGCAAGGUAGCUUGGUUUCUGUUUUAACAACUACUCUUACUGUACUGGUUCUUGGGUUUCAACAUGGCGUCUCUCUAGCCAUUACCAUUUCCCUUUCUUACUGGAACCAAAAGGUAGCAUCUUCUUAUGGUGUCAAUCCUCGAACUCUAUCAGCUUAUGGCACCAUCGGCUUCAUCACUGUCAUCUGCAUUGAUUUGCCUGGUGAAGUAAUGAUGGAGGUUGUUAAGUUGUUGGUUGGUGAAAGAGAAAUCAACACCACCGGAGAAGAAUCCAACUUAUCACACAUUGUUCUUAAAACCUUGCAGCAAGGAAUUGGUGUGUGCAUUCUUGUGCCCGAAUAUCCAUGGAGCCCAAUGGAUAGGCUGCUCUAUUCUUGGGCAAAAUCAGAAUGGGGUGUCGCUAUGGAGUUUAGGAAAGAAAGUUCUGAUUGUGCAAGUUCUACUAGUGGUUCAUUUGGCAACGAGUGUGGUGAUUUAUGUGAGGGUGGUGAAUUGGCUAAAGCCGCUGCUAUGGAGUCCAGGAAAGAAUGUUCUGGUUGUGAAGGUUCAUAUGGUUCAUUAGGUGACAAGUGUGACCAAUCAAGUGAGAUUGAAUUGGCUAAUGUGGUGGCAGUGGAGUCUAGGAAAAUGGAGUUCAGGAAAGAAAGUUCUGAUUGUGCAGGUUCUAGUGGUUCAUCAGGCUACACGUGUGGUGAAUUCUAUGAGGUUGAAUUGGUUGAAAUGAGGUCCAAUGAGAAAGGCAGGGGUGUCUUAAUGAGGAAGAUUAAUGGAGAUGAUGAGAAAACUAUGCUCUUGCAUUGGAGAGGAUUGGCACGGACUAUAUUAGGAAUGUGCUCACACUACUAUGAUUGUGAAGGAACAAGCCAUGUCUUGGAGUAUAAUCGGAGAUGCAAGUUGGAGAAACUGAUUAAAGGUAUGGAGGACAAUGGUCUUCAUCCCAUCGCAUUUGCUUACAAACAAACAGAUGUUGGGGAAAUUAGAGAAGAUGGGUUGAUCUUGUUAGCAAUACUCGGUGUUAAGUAUCGUGAAGAAACAAAAUUAGCCAUGGAUUCCCUUAGAGAAGCAGGAGUGAACAUCAAGUUGAUGAUGGGGGAUGAGUUAAGUAAUGAUGCUCAUGAAACUUUUGCUUUUGGAAGAUCCUCCCCUGAGGAUAAACUUAGCUCGAUACGGUACUUGAAACAAGAAGGCCAUGUGGUUGGCUUUUACGGUGGAUUCACUACAGAUGACACUCCAGCUUUAAAAGAAGCCGAUGUGGGGAUCACAGAGGAAGCUCAGAGCACUGAAAUGGCCAGAGAGAGCUCUGACAUUAUCGUUUUAGGCCCCGGAGUAAGGUUAUCCUCUUUAUUCCCACUGUUGAAGCAUGGUAGAUGUGUUUACCAUAACAUUCAAAGAUUCAUUGUACUUCAGCUCACCGCAUACAUUUCUGGGAUACUAAUUAUUGUUGUCUCAACAAUGUCUCUCGGAGAAUCCCCAAUCACAACAAUUCAAUUGGGUUGGGCGAACCUAAUUGUCUACAUGCUAGGCGGGAUGAUGAUGGCGAUAGAGCUUCCAACUCAGGGACUAAUAAUGGCAGCUCAUCAACCACAACCCACAAGGACAAAAUCAAUCAUGACCAAGCCCAUGUGGAGAAGUUUUGCAGUUCAAUUUGUUUACCAAGUCUCUGUUUUGCUGAUCAUUCAGUUUGAAGGAGGACAAGCUAUACACGGCCUUGAUGAACAGAACGUAAUCAAAACCAUGAUCUUCAACACUUUCAUCUUGUGCCAAGUCUUCAAUCUGUUCAAUACCAUGGAAUUGGAAAAGAAACAAGUGUUCAUAGUUGUGGUCUAGUCGUACUGCUUUUUGGCAUUUGUUGUGGCUGUUCUUGCUGUGCAGGUGCUACUGAUUCAGCUCGCGACAAUUCUAACCAAUUAUGCGAGGUUGAAUUGGGUUCAGUGGACAUUUUGUUUUCUCUUCUCUUCGCUUUCAUGGAUUUUUGAUCGGGUCUUGAAAUUCAUCUAUAUCUUCCUCAGCGAAAUGUCUGUCUGGUCUAUGAGUUCAACAAGCAUAAUGUCCCGAGCUAGCAUGAUGCCUAUUAUGCUGCUACAUGUCCCCAUUACGGGCUUCAGUUUUUCUGUGUUCGUGUUCUUCUCUUUAUCAUAUUAUUUCAAGCCAGACAUCGCCUGGGCUACCCGCUAGUGCUUCUCUACGAGGAAUAUGAAUUUUGGGAUUAACCACAACCUUCUCAGGUCUGUAGAGCAUUGGAGCACAAUAAAUGGUGGAAAUUCAGGACCCAUCACUUACUUUAGUUGUCCUUAACAGUAAUGCUUUAUUUACAAAUAAAUAAAUGAAAUAAUAAAGAAAAAAUAUAUAUAGAAAUGCAUAUAUAGAAUACUAAAAGCUUCUUAGUGUUUUUGAAGUUGCCAGUUAGUUUAAUUGGAUCAGGAGUGCUGAUAUAAUAUUGUAGUAGUACAGAAAAGCUGUGUACCCAGAAAAAAUAAAAACAGUCCAAUGUUGUUGGAUGGUGUAGAUUCAGUUUUGUAUAUUCACUUUUAAAAUGCAUCUCAACCAUUUAAUGUCUU